CCAAAGGGAAUUACUGAUUCAAAGAAAUUUAAAAGCCUCAGCGUGUUGUUUGGGUCCGACGCAGCAGUCCACCGGGUUCCUGUGGUUCAGACGAGCCCACGGAAAAUUCCUCCAGCAUGUUCAGCAGGUUGAGGAGGUUUCUGGGCGCUCCUGAGCCUCCGCCUGCCCCUGCAACAACCCCACCAACCCCACCAACCCCACCAGCUCCACCAGCCAAGGAGGAGACGUUAACAGAAAAGAAAGAUGAAAAAGUAGAGGAGCCAAAGGCGACAAGUGAAAAGAAGGAGGAGAAAAAUGAAGAGAAACAAGAGGAGCAAAUAAAUGAGCAGAAGAAGGAAGAGCAGACAGCUGGUCCUGCUCCUGUUCCUCCUUCUCCAGCUCCUAUUGCUCCUGUUAACCCAGAAGGGGCUGAAGGAGACGAGCCCCCGGUGGUCUACUCCAGAUAUGCAGAUAACGUCCUGAGGAAUGUCAUAAAGAGUUUGAGAGAACGAACCGAAAUCCUCAAAGAGAAGACUAUAGACCCUUAUGCUACAUCUCCAGAAAUCACUCCACCUGUUACACCCAUUUUGAGGAAAGAGGACUACGUCAGACAGAAGGAAGAGGAGCGCAUAGCCAAAGAAGAAGAAGACAGGAAGAAGGCCGAGGAAGCAGCCAAAAAAGCGGAGGAGAAAAAGAAGAAAGACGAGGAGAAACGACUGGAGGCUGAGAAGAAAGCAGAGGAGGAGAGGCUGGCGGAGGAGGCCAGGAGGAAGGCAAAGAUUCUGCCGGACAUCAGCUGCUCGUGCUUUGACGUCCUCUUCCAUCCAGUCGAGGAGAAGAUGGACACCAUGUUGGGAAGCACCAUUGAUCCUUUCACGGAUCGCCGGUAUAUCACCUGGUUGACGGUCGUAGCCGUUGCGUACAACUACAACGUCUGGUUCUGCCCCACCCGGCUGGCCUUCCCUUACCACAACGACACUGCCAACCCAUUCUGGAUUUUGCUCGACGUCCUCUCUGACGUCGUCAACGUCAUCGACAUUGUGGUUUGGCAGCCUCGACUACAGUUUGUCAAAGCCGGAGACAUUAUUAAAGACAGAGCUCUGACCAAAGUGCAUUAUCGGAAAUCUUAUCGAUUUCAGACAGACAUGUUCAGCAUCAUCCCCUUUGACCUUCUCUCUCUACACUUCGGCUUCUCCUCCAUUUACAGAUUCAACCGCUUCAUCAGGAUAGAGUCUUUCUUUGAGUUCAGUGACCGACUUGAGAGUAUCAUGGCCAAAGCUUACAUCUGGAGGGUGGCCCGUACCACAGGUUACCUUCUCUACAUGCUCCAUCUCAACGCCUGUGCUUACUACGUAGCCUCAGUGUACCAGGGUCUGGCUUCGACUACAUGGGUGUAUGAUGGAAAAGGCACAGCGUACCUGCGCUGUUAUUACUUUGCGGUACGAAGCCUCAUCAACAUCGGGGGCCUCCCGGAGCCGGUGACUCUGUUCGAGAUCACCUUUCAGAUGACCAACUUUUUCGUCGGCGUCUUUGUGUUCUCCAGCCUGAUUGGACAGAUGAGAGACGUCAUAGGAGCGGCCACGGCGGCUCAGGCGUACUUCCGCGCGUCGAUGGACGGCUGCGUCGAGUACAUGAACACGUACACCAUCCCAAAGCUGGUCCAGAACAGAGUUCGCACCUGGUACAACUACACCUGGGAUUCUCAGGGAAUGCUAGAUGAGGCGGAGCUCCUGGACAAGAUGCCUCUGGUGAUGCGAAUCGCCAUCGCUGUGGAUAUAAACCUGGCCACCUUCCAAAAGAUCCAGCUUUUUCAGGGCUGCGACCAGCAGAUGUUGGUGGACAUGUUGCUGAGGCUGAAGUCCAUCAUCUACCUGCCGGGAGACUUUGUCGUGAGGAAGGGUGACAUCGGGAAGGAGAUGUACAUCAUCAAAAGCGGAGCGGUGCAGGUGGUGGGAGGACCCGACAACAGCAUCGUGUUUGUGACGCUGAAGGCCGGCUGCGUGUUUGGAGAAAUCAGCUUGUUGCAAUCUGCCAAAGACGGAGGGAACAGGCGGACAGCCAACGUGAGAGCGUACGGCUUCGCGAACCUGUUCGUUCUGGAAAAGAAAGACCUGUUCGACAUCCUCGUCCACUACCCCGAGUCCCAGAAGGUUUUGGCCAAGAAGGGCAGGCAACUGGUUAAAGCCAAAGCUGCAGCAGGGGCUCCGACCAAGGAUGAAAAGCCGAAAGGUCUGACUCUGUUGGGACAGAAACCCCCAACGCCAAAGCUCCUCAAAGCAUUUGCCAACUUGCGCAAAGCGGGGCUGCUGGACAAGCUCAAGAAAGCUGCAGAAGAGGAACAAUAAGAGGCGGAAGUUUGCUUAAAAGUUAAGUGUCAUCAUGUACAGUGUUGUAAAUUUGAACUUUGAUUAUUGAAACUCAAAUGAGGACGUGGAAAACUUGUGAAAACUCUAAGAUUUCUGAUUAUUUACAUUUGCAAUUUAGGAUACAAAAAAAAAGUAAAAAAAUAAAAGAUAAAAUCCAAGUAGAACAGAAAUUAAAAUUCACAUCUAUUGUAACAAAUAUUCUGAUUAACCUUCUCAAAUCCUGGAGAGACAGAAAUCCAUUAAAAUGAACUUAAAAGCAAAA